AUGAAUAGGAAAAACACUAAUAAUGAAUGCACAUUGUCAUGCUUGUCUUACACACUGAAGAAGUACUGUGUACAGUGACCAUUUUGACACCUAGCAGGCCAGUGACGGUGGAGGGCUUAACACUUAAAGGUUCUCAAAUGUCUCAUAGCUUAACUAGUGCCAAGCCCCCACCCCAAACACUUGACCCCUGCUGACGUCGGCUGUCCAUUUACAUUUAGGGACACCGGCUCACUCCACUCUUAAUACCAUUUCUAGUGUGGAGAGAAGCAGGCGCCAGGGAUAAAGUGCGAGAGAAACUGAGAGCACGUUAUCUGAGUUUUCAGUUGUAGAGGUUUCAAAUCUUCAGUUGCAUUGCUGGUGAUUGGUUAUUUUUGAGUUUGAAUCUGUGCUGUUCCACUGUUCCACUUUUCUUUAUUAGUUUGUGCACCAAAGGGGAGCACUGAAGGGCAGAGCUGGCUACAAUUUUUGAAAAAGUCUUUUUGUCUGUUUCACGGACGUUAUUGGUCCUACUUUUGUCUAAAGUUGGUGUCUUAACGUGAGUUUUACAUCACCGUAAGCCAUGAGUUCCUUGGUAAUGAACACAGUAGGAGAUGGCAACAGCGCAAGCUUUGACAUCAUCCAAAAUCGGAUUGAGUCACUGAGCAGCAAGAUGGACAAGCUCAUCAACAUUCAAGAGAAGGUCCUCAACCGACUAGAAGGGAUGUCUCAGGACAUUGACGGCAUUGAAAAGGAUAUGGAGAAUCUGAAGGUUGACAAGGAGGAGAUCCAUUUUCCACCCAGGAUGGUGAACCAGACGCAGGUCAUGGGUGGAGAGGUGAAGGAGAUAUGUCAGGAGAUGAGCACCAUAAUGUCGGCAGUGAACCAGCGGUCCGAGCAGCAGGCUCAGAAGCUCGAAGGGAUGGAAAAACUGGUCCUCAGCAUGCAGCAGGUGAUCAGCUUCAUUGGGGAGACGGUGAAGAGUUCCAGGGUUAUGGAGUUGGUGUUCAAAGGCCCUGCAGCUCGGAAGGGCUCCAAGCUCAAAGACAAUAAAGGAAAACAAGCAACUAAGACGAAAUCUUCUACAGACACAAUUAACAAGAAGCUUGACAAGAAACCUACCUCUAAUAAAGCCAGUAAAGGGAAUCUGGAGAUAAUUCCUGCAUGUGAGCCCAGUUCUCCACAGCGUUCUAACAAGAUAAAGCUCCAAGGACCAAAGAAUUUCCUCUCCUCUCGCAAAUGUGGAAACUUUUUGAAGGACCACAAAGGUAAAGAUGGGACAGAUAAGCCCUGUUCGAGCCCCAAGGGUCUGAAAGCUCAAAAGAAGAUGAAGCCCCCAGACACAGCAGAAAAUAUCUCCUUGAAGAAGCAGGUGUUGCUCCUUGAAGAGGUGCAGAAACUCAACCGGGACAAUGCAGAGAAAUCAAGUCACCAUCUCACCCCUGGACAUCUGGAUCUGGAGGCUGGAGUGUCCCCUAAAGAUCAAAAGCCUGAUGCCCCCGCUUGCUACCUGUACCUGCGUGAGGACUCCCAUGUGGCUGUGCCUGAGAAACGUGAGGUUGUCGAGGCGGUUAGUGAGCAGGAGGUUGGGGAAAAGGUGCAUGAGGCAGAGGUUAGAGAAAAGGAACCCAAGCUUGAUGUGGAGAAAGAGAAAGAGGAAGAGAAUCUAUUUGUCCCAGAGGAAAAGAAGGAAGAGGUUGAAUCUCCUGCUGAAGAAACCAAACCCUCAGAGUCCCCUGCUGCCCAUGACGAUGAAAAAGAACCGACUACAAGCGAUGACCAAAAAGAUGCCUCCCCAUCUCCAGAGGCUGAGCAGGACAGGAUAUCAGAAGUCAGCUGCACAAGUACCAAGUCCUUUGUGGCUAAUGAACACUUUGUAGUGGAGGAACACGUAAAGAGCCAGGUGGUGAAGGAGGAGGUUGAAGAGGAGGAGAAGAAGGUAGACAACAAGGAGGACGAACAAAGGCUUGAUUCUGAGGGCUGGGCCGUCUUCAGGGCUGACGGAGUUGAAUUCCAGUUAGACCUAAAGCAAAGGAUGAAAAGAUCGAGAAAGGACAACGAUGUAGAAAAUGAUGCAGAGGAGGUGGAUGAAGAAGAUGUAGAGCGGUACUUUAUUGACAACACUCCUCCUCCGGUGGCUCCUUUCAAUCACCGCAUCGUUUCUGCCAAGCCCAACCAGAUCAUCAACUUCUACACCAUCAACUGGCAGGAGGUCCUGGGCGGGGGUCGUUUUGGCCAGGUGCACAAAUGUGUUGAAAACUCUUCCGGUCUCACUUUGGCAGCGAAGGUCAUCAAAGCCAGGAACCAGAAAGAAAAGGAGGUGGUGAAGAAUGAGAUCCAGGUCAUGAAUAAUCUGGACCAUGCCAACCUGAUCCAGCUCUAUGCAGCUUAUGAGUCAAGGAAUGACAUCAUCCUUGUACUUGAAUAUGUUGGUGGAGGGGAGCUGUUUGACAGAAUCAUUGAUGAAAACUACACUUUAAUGGAGCUGGACGCUGUGUUGUUCAUCAGGCAGAUUUGCGAGGGCCUGCAGCAUAUGCACAAAAUGUACAUCCUACACCUGGACUUAAAGCCAGAAAACAUCCUGUGUGUGAGCAGAGUCACAAAUAAGAUCAAAAUCAUCGACUUUGGUCUUGCUAGGAUAUAUAAACCGCGGGAGAAACUGCGAGUGAAUUUUGGCACGCCAGAGUUUCUUGCUCCAGAAGUCAUCAACUACGACUUUGUGUCGUUCAACACAGACAUGUGGAGCCUCGGGGUCAUCACCUACAUGCUCCUGAGUGGUCUCUGCCCCUUCCUUGGUGACAAUGACAAUGAGACUCUGAAUAACAUCUUGGCCUGUAAGUGGAACUUUGAGGAACAAGAGUUUGUAGAUACGUCUGAAGAAGCCAAAGACUUCAUCUCCAGACUCCUUAUGGUGAAUAAAAGUUGGAGGAUGGGGGCAUCUGAGGCCUUAAGACAUCCGUGGCUAUCUGACCCAGUCCUUCAUCAUCGCCUUCACACAAAGAAAACUAUGUGCAGAUCACGACGAUCAUCAUGUGUGCCCAAAACCGAUAGUUGAGGAAUGCUUUCAAACCAUCCACAAGGGGGAAGCAUGCCUCAAAUGUUGUGCAGGAUAUGGCACAGCAAAAACAGGAGUUUCAGUACCUGCCUGUUACAGAUAUACAGUUACUGCGGCCUUCUGAGAGAAUAAUCUCCAUUUACAUUGUUUUUUUUAAGGGCUGCCAUAAUGUGAUGGCUCCAGCUGUGGCCACUUGGACCAACCCUCCUGUCCAUGUAAAUUACCAAAUUUCAGUCCAUGCACCUGUGGAAUGGGAAAUUCUGGCCACCCCACAAACCUUUUCCUGACAUGUGCUCCACUGUGUUGUAUUAACGCAAGCAAUAUACAAAAAAGAAUAUACAGACAAAAACAGAUUUGUUUAAUUUAAAAGUUGAUAGUCCCACCAUGGAGUAAACUGUAAUUUCAUGAAAAUGUAUUUUCCUAUUGGAAUGCAAGAGAAACAAAGGGUUAAUAAAAUAACAAGAACAUCCUAUAACAUUUAUCAAUCCAGUAAAAUUGCCAUGUAAUAAAUGCUACCUUUGUGAAGCUCACAAUUUUCAGUUACCGUCGAGAGCAAUGGGCAAUCACCUGUUUAGAUUGUUUGUGGUAGUGUUGUAUUGGACUGUUUUGUAUCAGCUGUUUGUCUAACCAAAUCUCUAACCAAAUACAUUGUGCUGUUAUUGAUCGCUACUGUUUGCGUUGUCUAUUGAUAGAUAUGAACUUUACAUGUUUAGAAACAUACCUCGACUGCUACUGUAUGAAGGCAUGAUUCGUAUUAUGUGACUGUUGCAUUUCUACGCGCUCAAAUAUUAUCCAAUAUCUUUUUUAGGGGCACUGUAUAUAAAUGCUGAACUUUAGAUUAAAAAUCAGAUUUUCUUACAUCUAAAUGCUGGCUGUGUACUAUAGGUAUGGACAGAAUGGAAUUUGUGUGGUCGAUGUCACAAGAUGUGGUAUGUGCACUUUAUAAGGAUAUUUUUAUAAACAGAUUAUACAUGAAGCUACCAUAGUUCCAGUUAAAAAGCUUGUUUGGCUGGAUCUACCCAUAUUUCCUACAUCUUUUUCAUCCUGCUUUGUCCAGGUUUUUACACAUGUCUUAUCAGCUAUGUGUAUUAUUUUGAUUCUUUGUUGCAUGCCUCUAUGUGUUUUAUCAGCUAUUAAAGGUUAAACUUGAUUCACAGAGAAAUAACUUUUUUAAACUUCUGUCUUUUUUUUGUACUGUAUGCUGUCAUACCACUCUAGUGCUACUCUUCAUGCUACUAUAGAUGCUUUUUUCACAGAACACUGUUUUCUUUGAAAUGCCUUCUGUGAAGGUCCACUAAAUUAAAGUAAUACACUACCUAAUGUUGCCUAAGUUGAUACAAUGUUGUUAGAACUACAUUUAUGUGUUUUUAAUUUAACUUCACAAUGAAUGUUACAUUAGUUGUUGUUGAACACAGAGUGCUAGUAAAGAAAUUGUUGUCACCGAGUGUUAGCAAUUUCAAAUUCAGCAUGUAUUUGUGAAGUGUGUACACAUUCAUUAAACUUAAGUUGUGUCUUAAAUGAGA